AUGUCAAAACAAAAAUGGACAAAUCUAAUUAACCUUUCUAAUAUUGAUGUAUCAUUAAAUGACAUUUCGUUAUCGUAUAAUUAUCUUUGUUAUGAUAUAAACUUAGAAAUUAAAAAAAAGGACAAAGAAAAUAUAAAUAUUAUUAUAACAUCAAAGCCACAAUUUGAUGAAGUAUAUCAUUUAUUGAUACAUUAUCAAUUACUAGUUAACGGAAAACCAAUUCAUGUUGUGAUGGAUGACUUUUGGAAUGGUGGAGAAUGUGAAUUAAUAAAUUGUUUAUAUAAUAAUGUUAUGAUAGAAAAUUUAAAAUUUGAAUUGGAGAUGGUUGAAAUAAAAUCUUCUCAAAAUUUGAAAGAAAAAAGUUCUUUAAGAAACUUUCAAAUAACUGUUGGUGGUGAGGCAUUUUUUGUUAAUAUUAAUCAAUUAGAAGAAUAUGGAGGAGCACUUUUUAAAGCUGUUGAUAGUAAAGUUAAAGAAGGAAAAACGGGAUGUGAAUUUAAUGAUUUGUUGCCUAGUGAAUUUAGAAUAUUAAUGGAUGCUUUGUUUACAUAUAAUUCAUUAAAUAUAAAUAGAAGAAAUUAUUUAUCAUUACUUUAUAUUGCCUCAACAUUAAAAUCAAAUAUUUUAUUAAGAUCAUUAGAAGGUUUUUUGAUAUCUAGUCAAGAGGUUCAUCCAAUACGUAAACUUGAACAUGCUGUUUCUUAUAGAAUGGCAAGAUUAGCUGAUUCUAUAGUAAGAAGUUAUGAAAAUAAUAAAGUUAAAAUGUUAGAAGAUCUUCAUAGGUAUAUGGAACAAAACAAUGAAACAUUAGAGGAACAACAUCCAAUGAUUUUACAGAUAUUUGAUAUUGGUAACAAUCAUGUUAUCAUAAAUUAA